GGCAGGCGCAUGCGCACGACAACCUGGACCUGCGGAGGGCGGCGGUGACCACUGGGCCUCACUCCGCCAACCCAGGUCCGCAUCAGGCGCGUGACUGUGAGGCGGCUGUGGCCGCGGCGAGGAGUCAGAGGGAACUGAACUCGCUACUCCCGCGGCAGGUGGGAUUUAAGGCGCCCACAAGACAGGGCAACUACGGGGUAGCGGACGUCCGCCAGGCACGCUUCUAGGGCCGCUUCUGCAACUGCGCAUGCGCUUGGGCUGUACCCAUUCCGUCUAGCCCAAAAGGUUCCUCUACAACCUUCCUCCGGAUUGGUCUAUAGGAACACGAUGGCCUUUUACGCAAGCGUCACCCGUGCUGACCCGGAAGUUUUCUUCCCAGUUAAAAGUGUUGGCCCGCUGCGCGCGGCCUUUUCCUGUCUGUGCCAGGGCGGCGCGUGGUCUACGCCGAGUGACAGAGACGCUCAGGCUGUGUUCUCAGGAUGACCGAGUGGGAGACAGCAGCACCAGCGGUGGCAGAGACCCCAGACAUCAAGCUCUUUGGGAAGUGGAGCACCGAUGAUGUGCAGAUCAAUGACAUUUCCCUGCAGGAUUACAUUGCAGUGAAGGAGAAGUAUGCCAAGUACCUGCCUCACAGUGCAGGGCGGUAUGCCGCCAAACGCUUCCGCAAAGCUCAGUGUCCCAUUGUGGAGCGCCUCACUAACUCCAUGAUGAUGCACGGCCGCAACAACGGCAAGAAGCUCAUGACUGUGCGCAUCGUCAAGCAUGCCUUCGAGAUCAUACACCUGCUCACAGGCGAGAACCCUCUGCAGGUCCUGGUGAACGCCAUCAUCAACAGUGGUCCCCGGGAGGACUCCACACGCAUUGGGCGCGCCGGGACUGUGAGACGACAGGCUGUGGAUGUGUCCCCCCUGCGCCGUGUGAACCAGGCCAUCUGGCUGCUGUGCACAGGUGCUCGUGAGGCUGCCUUCCGGAACAUUAAGACCAUUGCAGAGUGCCUGGCAGAUGAGCUCAUCAAUGCUGCCAAGGGCUCCUCGAACUCCUAUGCCAUUAAGAAGAAGGACGAGCUGGAGCGUGUGGCCAAGUCCAACCGCUGAUUUUCCCGGCUGCUGCCCAAUAAACCUGUCUGCCCUUUGGGGCAGCCCCAGC